UUUUUAGAGCUUAAGUCUACUGGAACUGCCCAUCACUUUGCUUUUCUGCUCAACUCGACGGACUACAGAAUCCUUCGUAUGGACGAGGACCAUGAUCGCAUGUACGUGGGCAGCAAGGACUACAUCCUGUCACUAGACCUGAAAGACAUCAACAAAGACCCCCUCAUAAUUCAUUGGCCUGUGACUCCUCAGAGGAGGACUGAGUGUGUUCUCUCAGGAAAAGACAUCAAUGGCGAGUGUGGUAAUUUCAUCCGUCUAAUCGAGUCAUGGAACAGGACUCACCUGUAUGUGUGCGGAACGGGAGCUUACAACCCCAUCUGUACCUAUGUGGACAGAGGUCAAAGGGCACAGGGCAUGCUCCAAGAUCAGAUGCCUCGUGCGGGAGGCCGAACCAGUCGAGCCGCAGAUCCUAGUACCUCACCAGAACCAUAUGCACCCAAGGAAUACAUUUUCCGACUGGAGCCUGGUAAAGUAGAUUCUGGGAAGGGGAAAUGCCCCUUUGACCCCAAACUAAACAGCGUCUCAGCUCUGAUAAAUGGCCAGUUGUACGCCGGUGUCUACAUCGAUUUUAUGGGAACAGACUCUGCCAUCUUUCGCACGUUGGGAAAACACACGGCCAUGAGGACCGACCAGUAUAACUCCCGCUGGCUUCACGAUCCAACCUUCGUCCACGCUCAGCUCAUCCCUGAUAGUGCAGAAAAGAAUGACGACAAGCUGUAUUUCUUCUUCCGUGAGAAGGCGUCUGAGAUGGGUCAGACUCCCAUGGCUCAGUCUAGGAUUGGCAGGAUUUGUUUGAAUGAUGACGGAGGACACUGCUGUCUGGUGAAUAAGUGGAGUACCUUCCUGAAGGCUCGGCUCAUCUGCUCUGUGACUGGCUCUGAUGGCAUGGAGACACAUUUCGAUGAGCUCCGGGAUGUGUACAUCCAAAAAACCCAAGACACCAAGAAUCCCGUCAUCUACGGCGUCUUCUCCGUGUCUGGGUCUGUAUUUAAAGGUUCAGCAGUAUGUGUGUAUUCAAUGGCUGAUGUCCGCAUGGUCUUCAAUGGCCCUUUCGCUCAUAAGGAAGGGCCAAACUACCAGUGGGUUGCCUACCAGGGUAAAAUUCCUUACCCCCGUCCAGGAACAUGUCCAGGAGGGACGUUCACCCCCAACAUGAAAUCUACUAAAGAUUACCCUGAUGAGGUUAUCAACUUCAUGCGCAAUCAUCCGACCAUGUUCAACGCUGUUUAUCCAGUCCACAAGCGCCCCCUAGUGGUCCGCACCAAUGUGGAUUAUGAGUUCACCACCAUCACAGUGGACCAAGUGGCUGCAGCUGAUGGCAACUAUGAAGUUCUUUUUUUGGGAACAGAUAGAGGAACUAUUCAUAAAGUGAUUGUCCUGCCCAGAGAUGAUCUACAGACUGAAGAGCUGGUGCUGGAGGAGGUUGAGGUCUUCAGAGUUCCAACUCCAAUCACUACUAUGAAAAUUUCACCAAAACGGCAACAGCUGUAUGUGAGUUCAGUGGUGGGUGUCACUCAUCUGGCGCUGCACAGAUGUGAUGUGUACGGAGAGGCCUGUGCUGACUGCUGCUUGGCCAGAGACCCUUACUGUGCCUGGGAUGGAAAGUCCUGCUCUCGCUACUCAGCAAACCAAAAAAGGCGGAGUCGGAGGCAAGAUGUGAAGUAUGGCAACCCUAUAAGACAAUGCAGGGGCUAUAAUUCCAAUGCCAAUAAGAACACGUUGGAGACAGUGCAGUAUGGAGUAGAGGGAAGCACAUCCUUCCUGGAGUGCCAGGCCAGAUCUCCUCAUGUGUCAAUCAAGUGGCAUUUCCAAAAGGAGAACAGCGAUAGGAGGAGAGAGAUCCGUUCUGACGGGCGUGUCAUUCGUAUGGAGCAGGGUCUCUUCCUGCGCUCUCUCCAGCUCUCUGAUGGAGGGGGUUACCUGUGCACCUCCACUGAGAAGAACUUCAAGCACACACUGGUCAAACUUCAGUUGGUGGUACUUUCCGCGCGCACCAUCAACACCAUCCAGACCGAAUCCACCGCUCCCGCCGCGCCGCCUAUCCAGUCGAGCACCUGGACGCCCAGCGCAGAGCAGUACAAAGACCUGCUGACCAUCCUCAGCCAACCAGAGAUGGGCCUCAUCAACCAGUACUGCCAGGACUACUGGCAGAUGGGGGACGACCCCACAGCUCACACACACAAGAAGAAGGACCUCAAGGAAGAACAGAAGGACCUCCGGAAGCCACGAAACAGGAGACACCACCAGGAGCAGAGCAACAUGGCUGAGACAUGAGAUGGAAAAACCCACUCCAUCCAAAUGAAUGAGACUUGAGGUUGACCUCAAGGUCUUUGACUACCAUUACACACAAACAUAUACCCGCAACCAUUAUGACAGAGGAAAAAAUAAACAAUCCGUUUUUGAAAAUUCAUAGUAUUUAUUGUAGGCUGUACAUAGUUAGAUUCUGUGGAUAUCUUUGUAUGGAAAUAG